AUGUCUAACUAUUCUAUUAUAUUAUGUACAUUAGCUUCCAUAAGUUAUGUUAUUUUGCUUGAAGUCAUUGCUUUUGAUUUUGGAAUUCUAGACAACAUCUUGUCUCCCAGCCGAUUUGCUGCUAACACGGAUGUUGCUCUGCAACUUCCUGCACGAAAUGUCACCUUGUGGGCAAGGCAGGCUAGUUUUGGUAAAGGAUUAACGAAUAGCUCUUUGACAACGAAGAUUCGGCUUUUCCUGCCCUCGAAUUUCCAAGAUGAUCUGACGGGUUGUUCUGGGAGGUCGGGACAUGAACAAUUGAGCAUGUCUUUGCCCGUAGAUGAAGAAAAGAAAGGGUUUCGAAGGAUUCAGGAAGACUCAAUUGACUUUGUGGAAUCACAAAAUCACAAUGACGGGGAUGACGACGAUGCACUCAACUUUCUUGUAGUGCAGCGAGGGAAAUGUACCUUUUUUGAAAAAGCACUGCAUGCUCAAGAUUCAGGAUUUCAGGGAAUUGUCGUCGGCGAUAAUAGAAAACAAAUUAACUCCCAUCUGCAAUACAUGGUGGGUCCAGGAAAGGAAGACUCCCGCGUCUCCAUUCCAUCCCUAUUUGUUUCCUCUACAUCCUUUAGCAUUCUAUAUUCUGAUAUACUGUAUUCAGAAAACCGCUUUCUCAAAAUCUACGCCAAGCCGGAGGAACUCAGUGAUAUGUUUUGGCCCUUUCUUCUUUGCUUUUCUCCUUCUAUUAUCAUGCUCGCAACUGUUCAAGCACUUGCUAUUCGGCGCAUCAUCCGUACUUACAAAAAUCGGUCGAAAACAAAAGAAUUCAUUCAAAACUUACCCUCAAGGACGAUUUCUCGUGAAGGCUUCUACGAAGAAGACGUUGAAAAUGAUAUCCCAGACAACGAAGCUGUUCCUUUAAUGGACGAGACUGCUCGACGUGCUGCCUAUGGCGUCGAAUGCGUCAUUUGCCUUGAAGCUUUCAAUCGCGGCGAUAAAGUCAUCGCAUUGCCUUGUAAGCAUGAAUUUCACCGAGAUUGCAUCUCAAAAUGGGUCGUUGACUACAGACAUACCUGCCCCACCUGUAAUGCUGUCGUACCUUUCGCCGGUUCCUCUGCCGAAUGA